CUUGACAUUGGUCACGUUAACGCAUAGCUUCAUGCUAGUCCCUAUCGUGGCGACUUAGAUCUAGUAUUAAUCGAGAGAAGAAAUUUGUUAUUAAGGAUAAACAGUCAUUGAGUUAGGCGUGGGGGGAUUAUUUAAUUUAAAACAAGAUAUUCUAAAGGUACUAAUACAAUAUAUAAAGGGCUUUAAGUCAUAAAUCUAAAUGGGUAGGAUCUAUGAACCUGACGUCGAUAGGACGAUACGAUAGGAAGGGUGUUGGUUGAUCAUGACUCAAGCAAGUGUAAUAAUGAAAACAAUAAGCAUCUCAUGGUUGCUUUCGUUUAGCAAAACAUUUGGCACAUAGAUCUAAAUCUAAGUGAAUAUUUAUUGUAAAUGGCAACUGAUGAGCAAGAUGUGUUGAUUGACAUUGGUUAGAAAUCCUUCUAUUUCCUUUAAAAAAAAAAAGCAAUGCCACCCAUAGAUCCUCAACAAUUACUCAAGGCUCUGGGUUCACUCUUAACUCCUCUAGGUGGUAUUAAAGGACCACAAGAAGCCACUAGAAUAGCCAGUUUAAUGAAAGAUGCUACAAAAUUAGUAACAAGAUGUAUAUAUUUAAAUAUACUUAGAGUUACAGACUCACAAGAAGCUUUAUUGAAGUUCAUAGAAGUUGGAGGCUGGAAUACUUUGAAUUCCUGGCUAGAUGUGGCACGUAAUGACAGCAAUGAUCCAUUGCUAGGUGAACUCUUGGAAGUCUAUCUAGUCAUGCCAGUGACGGUAGUUGUACUUAAACAGAAUAGUGCUGCUAAGACAAUCAAACAACUCAGUAAAACUGAGAAUGAAAAAAUAAAGAAUUUGUCAAUGAAACUUGUUGAAAGUUGGACUAAGACAAUACGUGGACAAUCAGAAGCGGAAGAUGAAAAAAAGAAGAAAAAGAAAUUGAAAGAAAAAGAAAAGUUGAAGGAAAAAGAAAAAAGUGAUAAGGACAAAGAGAAUGACAAGAAAGAUAAAGAAGUCAAAGAUUCUGAGAGACCUAAAAGUCGUGAAUCUAAGGAAUAUAGUCGAGAGAAAGAUAAAAAAGAAAGAGAUAAAUCAAAAGAGAAAGAUCGUUCAAAACGUGAUAAAUCCAAAUCCAGUUCAGACACAACAUCGAAGACAUCAUCAUCAUCCUCAUCUGAUAGUAGAAGUAAAGAAUCUUCCAAAAGAUCUUCUGUGGAUGAAGUAAAAGCAUCACCCACUUCCAAUUCUACCUCUACAACAAAUAAAAACUUAGAAUCAGACUUUUUGAAAGAUGAAGAUUCUAAAAGAAGACCAAAGACGGUGAAACAACUUAAUACAAAAUUUAGGUCCACCGGCUUAUUUGAUGAAGAGGAGGAGGAGUCUGCUGCAAACUUGGACCAGUCUAAAAAGAAAAAUGAAAAAGCUGGACUAAAAAGAAUAGGUAUGGAUGUAAAAAGUGAAGAAUCAAUUGAAAAGAAGCCUCGAUUGAACCUGACAAUGCCAUCUUUGACAUCAGCUAUCAGUGAUACAGGCUCUACAACACCACCUGAAGUUACCCAUGGAAGAAUAAAAAUUAUUCCACCUAAACGAGCUCCAGCCCACGAAAUACAGGAAAGUAAUGUGUUCAUGGAUGCUCUUCAACAGUCUACUGUCAGUGGAGUGAAGAGGAAAAAGAAGUCUUUGGUUUCACCAUCUAUCACAGGUCCUCCAUUGUUGAUAAAAGGAAGCUCAGCCACAUCGCCACCCCCUGCCUCAUCUCCCCUCGCUACUUCACCACCACUGAUCACCAGCUCUGCAGAAACAGAGGCAACCUCCCCACCUUUGUUGUCACCCACCACAGCUAUGGCUCAAAAGCUUCCAUCAGUUCCAUCUUUUUAUCGAGAUACUUUAGAAGAUGUACCAGAGAGCUCAGCAGAUAAGAAAGAUGGACUUGGGGCCAGUGAAGAGCCACCUUCAUUAGAACUAAUGGAGAUAAAUGAAACUGGUCAAGAACCAGAAAGUCAAAAUGGAAAUCAGUCACUCAUGGAUACUGAUGAACCUCCACUAGUUAAUGAAGAUAGCUCAGAGACCAAGCCAGCCAAGCCAAAGAAAAAUAAAAAAAGUGUCAGCUGGGCCAAGGAUACCAGCCUGGAAGAAUAUUUUUACUUUGAAAUGGAUGAAACAGAAAGAGAAAAUGUGAAUCGACCAAAGACUUUCAAUGAGAUGAAGAAAGAGGAGAUGUUGCUAGACAGGAGGGCAAUGGAGUCUGCUAAAAGGUUUAACAAUGAUACAAUGGUGGAAGUAUUGCAGUGGAAGCGACCUAAGCCUAUAGAUAAUGUCAUUGUGGUGGUGGAGCCUGGCUGUAACAGUCAAGAGAAGAAAAUUCAAAUGGAGAGAGAAAAAAUCAUACUGUGUGCUCUUUUCUUUAACAAGGUGCCAGAUACUCCAAAUGAACCAGAUUUGGAAAUUUCUAGUGAUAAAAUAGACACUCAAAUAAUUCCGCUGGAAGAUGAAAAUGGCUCUUGUACAGAGUAUGAGCACACGUACAAUGGCAAUGACCCUUCAUCAUUGCCCUAUGACCCUGAAUUUGGAGGUCUUCCACUUCAGAACCAUGGUCCACCAAUGAAUCAAGUAGGACCUAUGGGAGUGGGUAUGAUGCCCCCAAAUCUUCAUGGCGGUGGUAUGGGCAUGAACAUCCCCCCAGCUAUUAGUCAUAUUCUUAGUACAUUGCAGCAACAGGCUCAAGAGACUAGAGACCCAGUCAUGCAGAACCUUCAAGGAAUGCUCACCAGUGUUUUGCAAAAUACUAAUCCUCAAGACAGUGGUAUGCUGAUGGAUAGAAUACUUAAUGCAUUAGAACCUUUUAAAAAUCAAAUACCAGGUCUAAGUAAUCUUAUCAACUCUGUUAUUGGCAAUGGAAUAGAACACAAUGGGCCACGUUUUAUUGGCCCCAACCAAAUGGGCAACCCACGUCAUGGUUUGCUGGGUUCUGCUCCACCAGGAUUCAACAUGAUGGGAGGAGGUGGAGGAGGAAUGAGGCCUCAAAUGGCAGCAGGUGAGAACAGACAAGGUCCAGCGAAUAUGAUGAAUAAUAAAGGAGGUGGGAUGGGCGGUGGUAAUUUUUUUAUGCCUGGAGGAGGUGUUAACAACAUGCGUAUGCCUGGUCCUCAGUGGGGAAGAGGUCGUGCAAGACCAUUUGGAAAUAGAGGUGGUAUGCGUAAUGCUAUAUGCCAGUUUUUUGUGAAGAAAGGCAACUGUAAGUUUGGUGAUGUCUGCCAGUUCAUCCACCCUGGGCCAAACUCUUAGCAGGAGCUUUACUCUUUAGGUUUUAUUCUAAUGUGUAACUCAGUAUUCAUUUUAAAUCAAGUGAAAGCUUGCUGAACAGGAGAAUGGCACUGGGAGAAUGGGUUUGCUUUCACUGUGAUCUCUUCCAUUGGUCAUGUCCAUACAUGGAAAGUAGUUGGUAUAAUUUCUAGGAAAUGACUGCAUUUAUACAAGCAAACAUUGAAUGAUUAGUUACUAAAUGAUUAAUGCUUUUUAAUAAAUUGUUUUGAGUUUUUUUUUUUUAAUGACAGUGUUGUUGUUGUUUCCAAAAAUAUCAAUACUUUAAUGAAAAUAAUGUAUCUUUUAAUUUUUAGAAUAUUUUUUUUGUUCCAUCUGUUUAAUACAAUGUGUGUAUGUUUUGAGAUUUGAGCAUGUCUACAAGUAGACGUAUGUGUGCACCAAGUAGAUGUAUGACUGGUCCUACUGCAAUAUGCAAUAGGACAUCUAGAGACUGUAUAUAUUGGUAAAAAUCAUCAUCACAAAGUGACUGGUCCUACUGCUACAUUGUGUAUAUAUAUGAUUGAUAUUAGUUUGGCAUUCUGUACACAGGCUAGUAUACAACUCUAUAUUCACAUGUGCCAAAUGUUGGGUGUAGAUAAUGUACAUACUGCUCUAGACCUAUUCAUGUUGUUGUCAAAUAAAUACAACAAUUUUUGCCAUAA